AUGGACAUCGGUUUGAACAUGUCAAUUUCGACCAAUUCGAUCGACGUGGCGGACAUCGCCGCGAGGGCAGAACAUGCCGGGUUCGAGUCCAUAUGGUUGCCCGAGCACCCGGUAAUGCCCGUAAACCCGGUGUCCAAAUACCCGGGGUCACCGGACGGAUCCAUCCCUCCUUCUAUGGCCGACAUGGGCGAUCCAUACAUCGGGCUGGCCAGGGCAUCGGCGGUAACGACCCGGAUCAAACUGGGUACAGGGAUAACUUUGAUUCCAGAGCGCAACCCGUUGGUUCUGGCCGGUGCAAUAUCUACGCUGGACAGAUUUUCAGGGGGACGUUUCAUCCUGGGGAUCGGAACGGGAUGGCUGCGGGAGGAAACCGAAAUCAUGGGUGGCGACUUCGAUCACCGAUGGACACAAGCCCGCGAAGCCAUCGAGGUGAUGCGCGCGCUUUGGACACAGGACUCCGCCGAAUACCACGGGCAGCACUACGAUUUCCCGCCGGUCCAGUGCAACCCGAAACCCGCCCAGGAAGGCGGCCCGCCGGUGCUUUUGGGAGGGAACGCACGGAACGUGUUUCGCCGGGUCGCCCGAUGGGGAGACGGGUGGAUGCCUACGGCGGCCAGUCCCGAUCAAAUUGCCGCAGGAAAGGCUGCCAUCGAAGAACUUGCCGAAGCGUCGGGCAGAGAUCCGUCUGGCAUCGACAUCACAGUCUUUGGGCAGGCGGCUGACCGAGACAUGAUUUCCCGGUUUGAAGCCGCAGGCGCAAACCGCGUGAUCAUACGGAUCGGCGACACGACGGACGCGAGCGCGCUGGACGAAAUUGACAGGAUCGCGGAGGCGGUAAUGUAG